AUGUCGGAGCCAGAAGCGGAGGACGAUGGAGGGGUCCACGAAGCAGAAAGCAAGGUCACCACAACUGCGGUGUCAGUAACUGCCUCAUGUAUCGCUAUAUGUGAGGUGUCGGCGGAUUGCAAUUAUCUUUGGCUCUCACCAUCGUUCAAGGCCAUCCUCGGUUACGAACCUGCCGAAAUGAUAGGAUACUCGCCUUUCGACCUGAUUCACCCGGAUGAGAGAGAAGCUCUACAGGAGGUCCGGUACCAAAGCAUGGUCUACGACAAGAUUGCCACCUUGACUUACUCGAGAUGGAAGCAUAAGAAGGGACAUUAUUUGCUAUGUGCCGUGGGAGCGAGUAUCGUCUGUGACAAGAUCCUAGGGAGUUUCUGUAUCGCUGUGCCGGAGCCAAAGGCUAAACUACGAGCGGCCACGGCACAGGAGGUGCUUGAGAUAUCGCCCGAAGCACAAGACCAAUUCCGUAAACAGAAAUGGUACAACAGCUCGCCACCACGGAGGACGUCCGAUUCGUUUCUGGUCCGAGCAGAUAGAGAAAGGCUCCGGAUCCCUCUUAAAGAUCUGAAACCACCCAGCGUCAGGUCUUUCUUCCUCAUCGACCGGUUCUCGCAAUCCGAAAACAUCUUCUAUAUCAGCAACAACAUGCUCGUCAAGAAGCCUGACGAGGCGAGUCAUUGA